AUGGACGAGCCCAUCUCUCUUCGGUGGUCAGACUCGUUCGCCAUACUCCCCCCCUCCGAUCCAAUCUGCAGCAAGCUUCCGGGGGACAAGAUUAUCCUCCCUCCUUCUGCCCUCCAGAAACUGCUCUCGGCUUCGUCUUCCCAAGCAGCAACGGCAUCCGCCAAUGGCAGCAACGGUUACUUCGGCUCCAGCUAUCUGAGCAACCAGUCGUACGGACAAGAGACGCAGCAGCUUCCAAAUCCUCUUAUUUUCCGUCUUGUCAACCCGAAGAACCACAAUGUGGUGUAUGCCGGCAUCAGAGAGUUUUCUGCGCCAGAGGGGACCAUCGGGCUGAGUUCACUACUCCUCGAGGCUUUGGCCAUCGGCUCCGAUGAUUUCGUGCCAACGACCCCCGAUGUCAUAGAUAUCGAGGACCCUGAGAACUUGGAGAGCAAAAAUGCUGCCCCAGAGAGCAGCCGGAUAACGGUACAUGCUGCAGAGCUUCACAAAGGAACCUAUGUACGGCUGCGACCCCUCGAAGCCGGGUAUGAUCCCGACGACUGGAAACCAUUGUUGGAACGUCAGCUUCGCCAAAACUUUACAACGUUGACAAAGAACACGGUCAUUCCCGUUUCAGGCUCGCAAGGAGAAAAUUUCAAGCUAUUGGUGGAUAAGUUUGCGCCGGAUGGUGACGGCAUCUGCGUCAUCGAUACGGAUUUGGAGGUUGACAUUGAAGCUCUGAACGAAGAGCAAGCUCGAGAGACAAUGCGCCAGAUCAUUGCAAAAGGGCAAUCGGGCACUUCUUCUGGUAGUUCUCAGGGCGGUGAGUUGAGCAUCUGGAAAGACACGGAAGGGCAAGUAGUGCCUGGUCAGUAUGUCGAUUAUACGCUUCCAUCAUGGGAUCGAUCACAGGAUCUGGCCAUCUCUCUAAGUGGAAUCUCCGAUGCGGAUAGUUUGGAUUUAUUCAUCACGCCGAAAUCGCGCCAGCAGAGGGCGCUGCCACGAGACUCAGCUCAUGUCUUUGGGGAUUUCUCACCGGCUCAGCAUGGCAUCAAGUCCAUCACGAUUUCACCAACCAAUGUCGAGCUUGAAGAUGCCGAGAGCCUCCUGAUAUCAAUUCACGCUUACCAGGGUGCUGGCUCUGGUACGGCUCCGACCAACACACCCCCCUACACUUACACUAUUCGAGCGAAGACGGCUUCUCUGAAGGAAAAAUCUGCCGAUGAAUCCAUGGGGCUCGACCACGCGGAACAUUCCGCAGAUGAGGAACAAUGUUCCAACUGCUUGCAAUGGGUUCCAAAGCGGACCAUGGUCCUUCACCAAAAUUUCUGUCUGAGGAACAACAUUCUCUGCCCUAUUUGCAAGUCGGUCUUCAAAAAAGGCUCGCCCGAAUAUGACGCCCACUGGCACUGCAGCCACGACGAGGCUCAUGGGGAUUCGACCUUUGGCAAAGCCAAACACGACCAUGUAUUUCACACUGACCGCAAUUGUCCGGCUUGUGAAUUCUCAACCAAUUCACUCUCAGACCUAGCACGCCACCGCACAAGCGUUUGCCCCGGCAAAAUUAUCCUUUGCCGAUUUUGCCAUCUUGAAGUUCCUCAAGAAGGCGAUCCCUUCAACCCGUCACCUGAGGUUGUCCUCUCGGGAAUGACAGCUCACGAGCUGGCAGAUGGGGCCCGUACUACGGAGUGCCACCUGUGUGACAAAAUAAUUCGUCUCCGAGACAUGGAAACCCACCUAAAGCACCACGAACUCGACAAGGUGAGCCGAUCCAAGCCCUCGGUAUGCCGGAAUGUCAACUGCGGACGAACACUGUACGGUGUUGGGUCGAAGGGGCAGAUCGGCACGGCGGGCUCUCAAGUCAGAGCCCCAGGCAAUGACAUUGGCCUCUGCUCCUUAUGUUAUGGGCCCUUGUACGUUAGCAUGCAUGACCCUGAUGGCAAAGCUCUACGACGAAGAAUCGAGAGAAGAUAUCUCAGUCAACUGAUGGCAGGAUGCGGGAAAUCACACUGCGCAAAUGAGUGGUGCAAGACCGGACGAUCAAACACUGGCCUCGAAGCCAAGGGAUCGUCCGCCGCAGCGGCACUUCCUCUCGUUAAGCCGUUUCUUCCAGGAGCACUUGACGCCUCGCAACCAUGCUACUUUUGCGUUGACGAAGCAAGCCAGACGGGCCGCAAACUGGUAGAGAUGGUGGCGGCCGAAAAGGCUUGGGAGCUUGAGUGGUGUGUUGCCGCCGCUGAAUACGAAAAGGCCAAUCUAGAUAAGACGAGAGACUGGCUGCAGGCAUGGGCGCCUAGAAAGUAG